AUGGCGCAGAGCCUUGCGGAGUGGCGCUGUGCCGGGGUCGCUGGUUGGGCCGGCCCCGAGUUUUGGCUCCAAUGGGCUGCGCAGGAAUUCGCCACGGCAUCAAUAUCCGAUGUCGCGGGCAGGUUCACAUACAACCCCUCCGUCUCGUCGGCUUUGGUGCCGAGAGCUACUAGCCGCGACCAACCAAACACUCCAACCAUGACCCUCAUCCACUACCUCGAGUCGUCGCCGGUGCAGGCCGUCGGCGCCCUCGCGCGGCUCCUCACGAGCCCCGUCGUCACCGGCGCCGCCCUGCUCGCCUUCACGCAGUCCCCGCCGGACGUGCAGGCCGAAGUCGUGCGGCGGCUGGCCUUUCUCGGCGAGCACGCCGCCAAGCCCGAGACGAUUGAGCUGGCCCUCAAGGUCGUCUUUGGCUGGGGCCUGGUCAAGAGCGCCAACGCGGCGCUCAACGCGGCCGCCGCCAACGGCUGGCGCUUCACCGCCGCCGCCGGCUGGGACUGGCCGAGCGAGGUCGCCGUCGUCACCGGCGGCUGCAGCGGCAUCGGCCGCAACGUGGUCGAGCAGCUGACGGCGCGCGGCGUGCGGUGCGCCAUCCUCGACGUGCAGCCGCUGCCCAAGGCGCUCGAGGGCCACCGCCACGUCCGGUACUACCGCUGCGACGUGACCGACCCGGCGUCGGUGACAGAGGCCGCCGACGCCGUCCGCGCCGAGCUCGGCCACCCGUCCAUCCUCGUCAACAACGCCGGCAUCACCGUCCCCAAGAGCAUCCUCGAGAUCCCCCCCGCCACGCUCAACAAGGUCUUUGCCGUCAACACCAUCUCGCACUGGUACCUCGUCCAGGCCUUUGUGCCGCACAUGGUCGAGGUCAACAAGGGCCACGUCGUCACCGUCGCCAGCAUGGCCUCGUUUGUCGCCCUCGCAAAGGGCGCCGACUACUCGGCCACAAAGGCCGCCGCCCUCGCCUUCCACGAGUCGCUCAACUCGGAGCUGCGCAACACCCACGGCACCACCGGCGUCCUCACCACCGUCGUCCACCCCAACUUUGUCGCCACCCCGCUCGUCGCCAAGUUUAGCCACGAGCUCGAAAAGGGCGGCAUCCGCCUGCUCACGAGCGACGACGUCGCCCGCCAGCUCACCGACCAGGUCUUUGCCCGCAGGGGCGCCCAGAUUGUCUGCCCCCCGAGACUCCAGUUCAUCACGGGCUUCCGCUCCCUGCCGGCCUGGAUCCAGUUUCCUGUCCGCAACAUGAUUGCCAACAGCUCCAAGAAUAUUUAG